AUGAACUCCAAUUCCAAUGAUAAGUCCACAAGCAUGAGGGGCAUGAAAGAAGGCAUGCGAGGUGUUGACCACGAAGACAACCCGAUGCCAAUCCCAGAACGUAGGAAGAGCUGGACCGACCGAAUGCGGGAGACUAUGGGAUUUCACACCGGCUCAGCCGCCCAACACUCCACUGAUAAACCAAUCACACAACAGGCGCAGAUGAAGGUCGACUCUGCUAUCGAUGACAUGAAACAAACCAUAGAUUCGACCGAGACCGGAGCAAAGGUCCACCGUCGUGGAAGUGAAAUUUUGGAAGAAGUUAAGAAAGAAGCGAUCAGAAGAGAAAUCGGGGGCAGCCAGUUGUUUGGGUCGCCGACAGCAGCAAGGAGGGAAGCAACGGCAGCAAAUUCUUUCUUAACAAAAUAUGCAAAUGAGAGUGCUCCUGGGGAGAAUACUGCGUAA